CUCGGAAUCAAUUAGCUAGAACUCCAGUUCACAGCGGUACUUACCCUCAGCGAUUUCCUCAUUUUACGCUUCAUUUUUCCGAACUGAUGCGACUUUAUGGCAACCAGAAAGUCUGUCGCGCAAUACCACUUCUAGGGGCGACAAUCAUUUGUCCGAACAUCGUUCUUUCCUAUUGACUGACAUAAGUAAAGUAGGAAGAGAAGACGCAGACCCUACUACGCGAAUGGACGGCCGAUGAUGUUUCUUGCACCGGUGGACUUUCCUGUGUGUGUCGCCUGUCAGGCGCAGGUGGAGACGUCAGAUCAGAAGUUGUGUGACAAUUGCGAGGCGUGGGUGCCCGAUUUCGAUUCUCUCCCCUUCACCAAGGCCACCGCGACAAAUGCCCCGCAGAAGACUCAGACGCUCGGUGGGAACGGGGCGCAGUUACAGCCGCAGGGAACAGCUUUCCCAAAUGCGUUCGCUCAAAACAACUACGGGAACAAUGGCAAUGCGCAAAUGUACGGACAGAACAACAUCAUGCAGGGCUACGGAGCGGGUGACGACCAACAGUGGAACCAGAUGUGGGCAGAUCUGGAGGGCUACUUUCCAAAUCAACCCGCAUCGGGCGGGGCAGCUUCCUUCAAGCGCCCGGCCGCCGCAGCCACCAGGGCAGCCGCGGGGAGCGCACCGAAGAUGGCCCGCACGGACGACCAGUCCUGGAAUAAUUGGGGCACUGGUGCCGCUGACGACUGGAACAAUACUGCCUCAUGGGGAAUAAAUCCGAGCGCUACAGCCAACGACUGGUGGAGCGCCACAGCCUCGUCCACCGGGGCGGCCGCCGGAACAGGGGGCGCCUCCUCCUCGACCUCAAACCCCUUUGCGGGAGGGGCGACGAACGACGCUUCCUGGUGGAACUACCUGACGCAACAGGGCGUGGCCUCGUCCGCGGACCGUGACUUUCGCACGGGGGCUAGUGCAGCUUCCUCUGGUACUAGUAGUGCUACGGCUAAACAGCCUGUGGCGCCUCAAGGCGUGCUGUCGAUGUUCCAGAAAUCUAUCGACCAAAUGUCAACCCAAAUUGCCCUCAUGCAGAAGAAAGUCGGGAUGAACAAGCUCCCAGCGUCGUCAAGCACUAGUACAACAGCAACUGGAGGUGCUGCAACUGGAAUGAUGUUAAACACGGGGGCACAAAAUAUCAACAAAGUUCCGAGCGCAGCGGCCACGACAAGUGCUCCGCUUCCUAGACCAAACGCCACGAUGAACGUGCAAGGUGGCGGAAAAAGGGACCUCGACCCGGCCGAAGCCGCGCGCUACUUUUCUGAUCUCGGCAGGUCGAAGGACGCACCCAAGGGCCUUAAGAAGUGGCUGGUGCCGGACGGGCACUACGAUUUGCCGGCGGGAAGAGCGCUAGGCCGGUUGGUGGACUUUCGCGCGAACUUCGGUUUCAUCCGGCCUCACUCGCACUUCCACGGUCUGCACACGGGGAAGUAUCCGCUGCAAAGUAGCAAGGACAUUUUUGUGCUGCUCACCGAGGUGACGCGGGCGCUGCGGAAGUUCCCGGCCUUCAAGAAGGAAUGCGACCAGGACUUCAUCAGUCGCAGCGACCGUCGCUACUUGGACAUAAACACCAUUGACAGCAAGCAGGUGACGGAAUUUCUAGCGAAGAACCAGGACGAGUUGUGCGUGCUGUUCACGCUGGAGCAGUCGAAGCGCGACGGCGUCCAGAAGAAGGAGAUGGCGGUCGGGCUCGAGUUCUUUUGGAAGGACGAGUACGGUUGUCCCGCGCCCGGGCAGGGUGGCGGCGAGGCCGAGGCGGGCUCGUCCUCGACUGCCCAGGGGUGGAAAGAGCAGGGGAAUCAUCUUCCGGCCAAUGCGUUGGCGAUGCCCGACAAGGUAAUCGAUCCUGAGCACACGUAUUGCGGACACGUCGUGACGUGGCACCCCUCGCGCGACACCGGCGGCUUCGGGUACCUGCGUUGCGAGGAUCUCUACCAAAAGCUCGGCUGCGACGUUUACUGCAAAUUUGCCACCAUUGGCCCGGCGUUGCUCGCACACUUGUCGCGGGUAGUGGCUUUCAACCGUAUGCCGCAUGUUCCCGAGGCGAAACAAGCUGAAGAGUUGGCCGAAGCAAAAAUGCUGCUCUCCAAGAGCAGCAUUCGUGAUCACUGGAAUCAGUUGGCUGGUGUGUAUCUGGAAAAGAAAGGCAUUAUGUGCACUUUCAAAAUCGCGCAGCCGCGCGCAAACGUAAAGCCAGAGGCAUGGAAUCUAGCCCUCAUGGGAUGACAACGUGUAAAGUUGGUUACACCUGGAUUUUCUUCAACGAAACGAGAGUAGGCACAGACAUCCUAGUCACAUGUUCUUGUUCUGACACCAUAGCGACAACGAGUAUUUUUCUGAUCAUGGCGAGCUUUUACCUCGCAAGCGGCCGGAUUACAGGCAGU